GGCUCCCAUUUCUAAUAGGGGGAAACGUCAGCUUCUAGUUUUGUCAUGUCUUGCCCAAGAGCUGCGACCGUUGACUUGUGGAGUUGGGAUGGUGUCCAAGUCAGUUGGUUGCCCGACCUUUAUUCUGCCUUGUCCCGUAGAUUUAGAAAGAGGCUGACACAUCGGGUACCUAGUUUAGGGUCAUCUGAUCCUAAGUCACAUUUGAGGUAAGUGACAUUUUUCAGAAACCAGCGCCCUCACUCUUGUCUCACUAGUGGGAAGAGGGGAAAGGACAGGACAGAAAGCUCUUCCUCUUGUGUGAGGCAGCUGCUGUGGAAACCCCACAGGCAGGAGGCCCCUGGCCAGCACAUCCUGUCGGCUUGCAUCUGCUGCAGAGUUCUGUCCUUGCACUGGUGCGCCCCAGGCCAGGCCAGACUGCUGGGACUGGGGCCAUGUCUCCCCACCCCACCGCCCUCCUGGGCCUAGUGCUCUGCCUGGCCCAGACGAUCCACACGCAGGAGGGGCCCCUGCCCAGACCCUCCAUCUCGGCUGAGCCAGGCUCCAAAAUCCCCCUGGGGAGGCCUGUGACCCUCCAGUGCCGGGGCCCGGUUGGGGUUCAAACAUUCCGCCUGGAGAGGGAGGAUAGAUCCAAGUUCAAUGAUACUGAGGAUGUGUCUCAAGCUAGUCCAUCUGAGUCAGAGGCCAGAUUCCGCAUCGACUCAGUACGUGAAGCCAAUGCCGGGCUUUAUCGCUGCCUCUAUAAAAAGUCCACCAGAUGGUCUGAGCUCAGUGACCCCCUGGAGCUGGUGGUGAAAGAAACCUCUGGAGACACGGACUCCCCCGUCACAGAGCCCGGCUCCUCAGCUGGACCCACACAGAGGCCGUCGGACAACAGUCACAAUGAGCAUGUACCUGCUUCCCAAGGCCUGAGUGCUGAGCAUCUUUAUAUUCUCAUUGGGGUCUCAGUGGUCUUCCUCUUUUGUCUCCUCCUUCUGGUCCUCUUUUUCCUCCAUCGCCAGAAUCAGAUAAAGCAGGGGCCCCCCAGAAGCAAGGACGAGAAGCAGAAGCUACAGCAGAGGCCCGACCUGGCUGUUGAUGUUCUAGAGAGGACAGCAGACAAGGCCACAGUCAAUGGACUUCCUGAGAAGGACAGAGAGAUGGACACCUCGGCCCCGGCGGCAGGGAGUUCCCAGGAGGUGACGUAUGCUCAGCUGGACCACUGGGCCCUCACACGGAGGACGGCCCGGGCUGGGUCCCCACAGUCCACAGAGCCCAUGGCUGAGUCCUGCACGUAUGCAGCCAUUGCCAGACACUGACCCCAGGCCCACCUGGCCUCUGCACCUGAGGAUAGAAAGUCACUCUAGGAAAAGCCUGAAGCGGCCAUUUGGAAGGCUUUCUCUUGGAUUCAUCAUCGUCUGGAAAGCGAGCCAGGCAGCUGUCCUGGAGACAUGAGCUGGAGACUGGAGGUUUCUAACCAGCAUCCAGAAGGUUUGUUAGCCAGGUAGUCCCUUCUACAAUCGAGCAGCUCCUUGGACAGUUUCUCAGUUGAUUCCAGAGACCCAGCUAUAGUUCCCUGGCUGUUUCUAGAGACCCAGCUUUAUUCACCUGACUGUUUCCAGAGACCCAGCUAAAGUCACCUGCCUGUUCUAGAGGCCCAGCUACAGCCGUCAGGCUAUUUCCAGAGACCCCACUACAGCCAAUCAGCUGAUUUCCUGAGCAGUGAUGCCGCCUCCAAGCUUGUCCUAGGUGUCUGCUGUGAACCUCCAAUGACCCCAGAGACUUUGCUGUAAUUAUCUGCCCUGCUGACCCAGACCUUCCUAGAAGUCAAAAGCUAGCCUUGAGACUGCGCUAUACCCACACAGCUGAGAGCCAAGCCCAGUUCUCUGGAUCAUGCUUUACUCUGUGCAUCAAUAAAUAAUUUUGAGUAUCUCACAUCUGGCAACCUCAGGCCUGGUCCCGGGUGCAUAGGUCUCUCGGACCCAGUCUCUGCCUUCACAGUUGUUCAAGCCGAGUGUGGGAAACAGGACCUACAAAAGAAGCAUCAGUGUUUUCUUUUUAAAAUGUAAUUGAUCAGGAUUGUACACAGUCAAGGCGUAAAAUGUGAUAAUCCGUUAUACGCAUACAUUGCGCAAUGAUAGCCACAAUCAAAUUCAUCAGCGCACCCACUACCACGGAUAUUAUACAUUAGAUAUUCUGAAUUUGCUCAUCUUAGGACUUCCCGUGGGUGUCAGUGUUUUCUGACAAAUCACGUGUAUCAGGAAUGAAUGAGGGAGGUGUGGCUGGGUGAAGGCAGAGAGCUGACCCUACGGGUCCACAUCUGCACAUACAUGCACAGGAAUGCAUGCUCUCACACACAUGCAUACACACACAGACAUCCACACACACUCACACACCUCAGGAAAUCCAACGAAUCACUGAGCCUGCUGUUGGUUGAGGCAUAUCUGAGUAUCCACCCUACCUGUAGGGUCACACGGUACUCUCCCAAAUGCAGAUUGAAACAGAAAAUUACCCUAUGCAGCACUAGGAGGUGACAGAAUCUCAUUUGGGUUAAUCUGUGUUUGUCUUUAAAAAACAAAAGCAGGCCAGGCGCGGUGGCUCACGCCUGUAAUCCCAGCAGUCUGGGAGGCUGAGGCGGGCGGAUCAUGAGGUCAGGAGAUCGAGACCAUCCUGGCUAACAUGGUGAAACCCCAUCUCUACUAAAAAUAUAAAACAUUAGCCGGGAGUGGUGGCGGGCGCCUGUUGUCCCAGUACCUCGGGAGGCUGAGGCAGGAGAAGAGCGUGAACCCGGGAGGGAGAGCUUGCAGUGAGCCGAAAUCAUGCCACUGCACUCCAGCCUGGGCAACAGAGUGAGACUCUGUC